AUGACGAAAUCAAGAAGCCCCCUCCUCAUCCGGUUUCUCUCAGACUUUACCCUCGGCUUCUCAGAUGGCCUAACAGUGCCCUUCGCCCUCACCGCGGGCCUCAGUUCUCUUGGGAGAGCAGACACUGUCAUUUACGCAGGUCUAGCGGAACUUUGCGCGGGAAGCAUCAGCAUGGGCAUUGGCGGCUAUCUCUCCGCCAAAGACGAACUGCCCUCUACUGCGGCAGGAGACCAGGAUGGCGAUGAGGAGGAGCUCAAGGGCAUGCUUCGUCAUGAGGGUGGGAGGGAGAGCAUUGACGAGAAGAGCAAGGAGGCACAAGAAAUGCUUGUAAGACGGCAUCUGGAGCCCCUCGCUCUGCCCGGAUGGAUGGUCACAGACAUCGUGUCGACUCUCAAAGAUCGUCCCGAGGGCUUGUCCGACGUCGUCCGCCAACUGCAUUCCUCGCGAGCCACGUCCUCAAUCGAAGAGACCUCUAGUGGCGCUGAUCAACUGCCCGUCUGGCCACUCGCGUCGGGCCUGUCCAUCUCUCUGGGUUACAUUAUUGGCGGCACCAUUCCAUUGCUGCCGUAUUUCUUCGCUUCGACUGUCGGCCUUGGCCUCCGGUGGAGCAUUGCCUUGUGUCUGGUGGCUUUGAUGGCUUUUGGCGCGGGAAAGAGCUGGCUGCUGAGAGCAAGAGACGCCUCGAGCGGUUGGAUACACUGCGUUUGGGAGGGCGUACAGAUGCUGAUCUUGGGGAGCUUGGCUGCCCUAGCAUCAGUGUUGUGUGUAACGCUUUUGGGGGCGAGCGAGGAGAUGAAGAGAUGA